AUGGCUUUAUGCAACCCAACUGUGCUGGAAUCCCUCUCCUUCAAUCUCUUAUCCUUUCUGUUCCUCACUUUGCUCCUUGCUUCUUCCUACUCCUACGCCUUGAAUUCCAUCAGCACUAGCCCCGUAGACCAAGCUGAUGCUCUCCUCAAAUGGAAAGCUACUCCCAACAACCAAACCCAAUCUGUUCUCCAUUCAUGGAUGCUACUUGGUUCUAAUGCCACCAAUUCCUCUCUGCGAUCUGACUCAUGGUGCGGUUGGAUUGGCAUUGCUUGCAAUCAAAGGGGAAGCAUCACUGAAAUCAACUUACCAAGUAUGGGCUUGCAAGGUAUGGUUGAGAACUUCCCCUUUCCCUCAUUUUCUACUCUUACGAGUCUGAAUGUCACUAAUAAUUCAUUUCUUGGCACUGUUCCAUCCAACAUUGCUAACCUUUCUGUUAUCAACUACCUUGAUCUGUCCACGAAUCAGUUCUCUGGCUUAGUUCCAUCUGAAAUCUGCUUACUUACCAGUCUUAAAAUCUUGCAUCUUGAUCAGAAUAAUUUCAGUGGAUCCAUACCUUACAGAAUGGGAAGAUUGAAAGACCUUACUAUUCUGACCAUGUACUCCAACAACCUUUCUGGUUUCAUACCUGAAUCUCUAGGUAAUUUGAGCUAUCUGCAUGAGCUCUCUUUGUACCAAAACAAUCUCAUUGGUUCAAUCCCUACAUCAAUAGGCAAGUUGAGAGAACUGUACAUUCUAUACCUCUACCGAAAUCAACUUUCAGGUCCCAUUCCCCAGGAAUUAGGAAAUUUGACACAGCUCAGGUCGUUAAGCCUGGAAAAUAAUAAUCUGAUUGGUUCCAUCCCUCAAGAAAUAGGAAAUUUGAAGUCACUUACUGACCUAUACUUGCCUAAGAACAAUUUCAAUGGUUCAAUCCCUGCCUCUUUAGGUAAUUUGAGAAACCUAACCACUUUAUCCCUCUAUCAGAAUCAACUCUCUGGUAGGAUUCCUUUAGAAAUAGGUAAUUUGACAAGUCUGACUGACCUAGAUUUGCCCCUCAAUAAUCUAACCGGAUGCAUCCCUACCACUUUGGGAAACCUAAAGAAGCUCACCAAUUUGAACCUACUGAAAAAUCAACUUUCUGGAUCAAUCCCUGAAGAAAUAGGAAAUCUUACCAAUUUGGCUAACCUGCAAUUGGGAGAUAACCAUUUCUCAGGUAGUCUCCCACAAGGCCUAUGCAUGAGUGGAUCACUUGAAAACUUCACUGCAUUCAACAACCAUAUCAUAGGUCUUAUUCCAAAGGGCUUCAAAAAUUGCACAGGCUUGUUUAGAGUUCGACUUGACAAUAACCAAAUUGGUGCAAACUUAUCAGAAGACUUUGGGGUUUAUGAAAAUUUGAAUUACAUUGAUUUGAGCAAUAAUCAAAUGCAUGGUGAACUUUCAUCAACCUGGGGCCAAUGCCAAAACCUUCAAGCUCUAAAGAUGGCUGGGAAUAAUAUUACUGGGAAGAUACCUCGGGAGCUUGGGUUGUUUAGUCAACUGCAUACUCUUGACCUUUCUUCAAAUUACCUGGUGGGAGAAAUUCCUAAGGAAUUCGGUGAGUUGACAUCUUUACUAAAUCUGAGUCUGAGUGGCAACCAACUUUCUGGCAGUUUACCAUUAGAAGUUGGAAGGCUAUAUAGCCUGACAAAUCUUGACUUGUCAACAAACGGUUUGAGCGGACAAAUACCAAAAGAAAUAGGGAACUGCUCCAACUUAUUAUAUCUGGAUUUAAGCAACAACAAUUUGAAUGGAAGCAUUCCCCCUCAAAUUGGCAAUCUGGUUUACCUUCAAAUUCUAUUGGAUCUUAGUCAAAACAAGCUCAGUGGAGAGAUACUGUCGCAGUUUAAAAAUUUAGGAAACUUGGAAAAGUUAAAUCUCUCCCACAAUCAACUCUCAGGUUCCAUUUUUUCUGCAUUCGAUGGAAUGUCUAGCUUGACAUCCAUUGAUAUAUCUUACAAUGAGUUUGUGGGUCCACUUCCGAACAACAAAGCCUUCCAAAAUGCUACAAUAGAAGCUUUAAGAAACAACACAGCACUGUGUGGCAAUGCAAGUGGUAUGCAACCUUGCAAAUCCCCCUGGUCGAAAGGAGAAAAUGGGAAAUCAGACCACAAAAUCCUGAUUGCUGUCUUGGUUCCAUUAUUAGGUGUGCUAUUUCUUCUGUUUGCUUUUGUCAUAGCUAAUGCUGUCCACCGAAGGGUACGAAUCAUUGAGACAAAGCAAAGAACGACAGCCCAUGCUACGGAUUUAUUUUCAAUAUGGAAUUAUGAUGGAAGAAUAGUAUAUCAAGAAAUUAUUGAAGCAACUGAGGAUUUUGAUGCUAAAUAUUGCACUGGGACGGGAGGAUAUGGAAGUGUAUACAUGGCAAGGCUGUCAACAGAUCAUGUAGUAGCUGUCAAAAAGCCUCACCAACCAUUACAAGAUGAGUGUGAGAAUGCCAACAUACAAACAUUCAGAAAUUUUGAGUAUUUUGAGAGAGGAAGUUUGGCUAAGAUCCUCAACAAUAGUGAGCUUGCUUCGAAAUGA